GGAAUGCACAUUUUCAGCUCGAAUCCGCGGAUCCUGAUUAUCCGACUCGAGGCUGCCUGGUUCACUCGAUCCUCCGACAUCUUCAUCUCAAUUCCCGCUACCGUCCUUUGGGCAUUCUUGCAUCAAAACCCAGUAGGCGUAUCCGAGAGGCCCGAAUUCCGUGCAGUAUGCUCCGCCAUCCACGAGCCCUAUCCAAAAGUAUUCAUCAAGAUAACCCACCAUGGCCAAUCACAUACCUCUCGGAUAUAUUCUCAACUACCCAGUCCGUAUCGUCCAUCAAUCCAGAUAAUGAGAAUUCAUAACCACACAAAGGUUAAUAAUCAAGAAUUUACCGGAAAAGCCGUCUCCCGCGAUGCCACCGAUCUCCCUCAGAAUGAACAGCAACCCAGCGACCACACAGACCUACGGACAUCAAAAACGAUGAAGACCAGCACGAGAUUUUGGGACAACAAGUCGCUAUUAUGUGUCCGAGAGCGCAACGAUGACGACCUUAAGACAAGCACAGCGAGUGAGGAGAAAGCGAUGGAUUUCAACCCGGCGGUGGAUGCGAUGAAUGCGUUCCGGAUUGCGACGCUCAUCGUCUUCGGGCUCACCGUGCUGACGAUUGGCGGGUUGAGUAAGCGAUGGGAACUCGACGGCUGGGAGGAUUGGAGGAUAUUCAUCCAGUCCGGUCAUCUCGGCAAACUGUUGAUCCCCGAGAACUGGUCCCGAUCCGCAUCCCAAGCCAUCCCCGAUCGUCUAAGGCCUACUCCCGUCCCCCUCUCUGAACAAGAACUUCUCGACGAACUCGAACUCAUCAGUAGUUGGAGUUGGAAAAAAAGGGUCGAUCGUGAGUGGGAAGUCGAGCGAAAUCGAAGAGAGGCCGAAAGACUCCAAUGGGAAGCUCAAAGAAAAGCGCUAGGGAAAAAGAUUUGGUGA